GCGAGCCCGGCCGCUCCUCCCCCUCCAGGGCCGCCGUCCCACCUUCCCGCCGCCCCCGCCCUCCGCGGCGACCGGCGUUCGGCCUCCCGCGCCGGGCGGCUUCCGCCCGAGCCUCCCGGGCCCAUGGCCAAGCGGCGUGCGGCGGAGCCGCUCACGUUCCACGUGCCCUGGAAGCGGCUCCUGCUCUGCGAGUUUCCGGAGGAGCCGCCGCCUCGGCCGCUCUGGGUCCCGCCGGCCGCGGCCUCGCCCCUCGGGCAGCCGCCCCUCGGCGCCCCGGAGCUGCCCCGAAAGCGCAAAGUGGACGCGGCGGCGAUGACGGAGCCUUCGGCUUCGCCCCGCAAGCGCCACGACGGCGGGGACACCGGCGCCCCGGGCGGCGCGGAGCGGGAGGCCCGCGGCUGGGAGACCAGCGGGCCCCCGCCGCUGCAGCCGCCACCCCCGCGGCCCCACCGGCCGGGGGAGGAGCUUCCGGGCGCCCGGCCCCCGAGGGGCGGUGGCGACCACGGGGCGGGGCGCGCGGAGCCCCCGCGGGGAGACUGGGGGGCCGCACCGAGCCAGAUCAAUGAAGAAUUUUGGCAGUAUAACACCUUCCAGUACUGGAGGAAUCCUUUACCACCUAUUGAUCUGGCAGACAUUGAAGCUCUAAAUGAAGAUAACCUUACAGAAGCAAGGCUUCAAGGCAAGGAUGAAGUGGUUGAGAUUGACAUGGAGUCCUGACAGAGGAACUGAAGCAAUGUUUUUUUCUGAAUUUGAGAGAACAUCUCUAAGUGACUUGCAUAUUCUUAAGGAUAAAAGUUAUUUUCCAUACUUAAUGUUAUUUCAUUCCCAAAACUGAAAAACGAGGAGUUGUUUUAAUGAUAAAUGCCUACAGUCGGUACUGAAACUCCCAAUAGGAUUUGUCAGUGAUAUAGUACAGUUAUAGAGAAAGUAUUUUAUGUGUGCAUUCUUAAAAGUUAUGUCUAGAUUCUAAAUUUGAAGAUAUCAAUCUUAUAAAUUGCAAGUUUUAGAAACAGGUAGGAAAGACUCAAAUAGUCCUUUCUGCAACAAAAUUGUUAAUUUGUGUUACAUGAAAUGAAUGUUGUUUUAUCAUAACUUAAUAAAAUGCUCUUUAAUACACUUUAUUGACUCUUCCUAGUUGAACAGAUAGCUGACUUAAACAUCUAUGCAAAUUUAAAAUGUGAGGCAUUUUCAGAAAGUGGUAUUGUUUUAAAAGAGCUUUCCAAAAAAUAUAAAAGCUUUCUAAAUGUGAAGUAGUGAGAAUUUCAAUGUGGGUUGCAUGUUUGCAUAACUUCUAAUAUCUGAUGUUUGUUAAACUCUACUUUGGGCUAUCAAAAAAUGAAUAAAGAACAAUGAAAAAUGAGUAGAUAUUUCCCUCCACUCUUUCCCAAGAUAAGAGGAAAGUUUAUUUCUUUUUUUAAGUUUCUUGAUUUCAAAUUGCCUUCAGGACAUGGUUUUUAUUGCUUCUUACUAUACACUUGUAGUUCUCAACACUGGCAAUACUUCACAAAUCUUUGCCUGAGAGAUUCUCAAUUGUUCUGAUGUGGACAUUAGAUAUAGCUAUUUUUUUUUUUUAAAGCACUGAUCCUGUUGUUUAUAGGAGAUAACUAAUUUGAGCUGAAGCAAUGCCUCUUAAUUAGCUUUAUUUUUAUUUUGCCCUGUUGAUGGCUUUGUUACAACUAAAUUAUUCGGUAGCUCCCAUUUCAUUGUAUUUGAGUUAUAUGAGUAUCAAUGAUGAAGUUAAUUUUGUAUUGUAUUCUAGAAUGUUGGCUUUGUAAUUAAGUUGUCCUUGUGUAUUUUUUUUGUGGUUAAUGAUAUUCAAAAUCCAAGAAGGAUGGAUAAAUGCCAAUGAGAGGGAAAAAGAACAAUGUUUCAUGUGCACUGCGGAAUUUAAAGAUGGGUUGACAUUAAUAAGAAUGUUAUUGAACAGAUAGCAAACUGUAUAGUAUUGUGGUUGAAAGUUAAGGCUUUGGAAUCAGACAUGGUUCAAAGUCUUAUACUGCCACUUUCUACCCAUGUAACAUUAAGCAGGUUCUUUCUCAUAUCCAAGCCCCAGAUUUCUUCAUUGUAAAUAAGAAACAAUAAAUAGUAUCUACCUCAA